CAAUUGAAGGGGUAUGGGUAUGCUCACGGGUGCUUGAUUUUGCUCAAACCUUCUUGCUUCUUGUUUCCUUCCUUAGUCGUACGGUGUUACUUUAACGUCGUGCAUCGAAAAAAAGCGUUGUAUUGACCAUCUGGACGUUCGAUUCGUUUUUUAUUUCGAUUUUUUUUCUUCUCUCCACACGGUACCGAUAAAAGAAAUAGAGAAGGAAAAAAGUGUUUUGUUGUUGUUUAUGAAAUGUUGAUGUUCUACCGGUAUAUUAUCGAUAUGUGUGCGCUGAAUCACAUUAAUAUAAUUUUUUUUUGAAUAUAUCGUGUGGUGUUGAUUGUUGGAUGUGCUACUGAUUUAUCAUUUUUAAUUAAAUUAAUUAAUUAAUUACACCAAUUGCUGAAGCAAAUUUUAUUAGUUCGUUGGACAGAAAUGAUUUUUGUUUUAAUUUGAAUCAAAUAAUUUAGAAAAUUUCACAUAACACAUUUCGUUGAUAUUCAGCUUAAUAAUGGUGAUAUAUGUUGCACUCAUGUGUCGUUUGCAACAAUUAGACAAAAUUUAAAUUUAUUAACUUGCGCGAUAUUUAAUCGAAUCACAUUGCGUCAUGUUGAUUGGAUCGAAUCUUGGGAGUGAGUUCGCAUCGCUGCCGAGUGCUCCCUGGAGUAUGGAACCACCGAGACCGCCAUUAACCGGCGGUUCAAUGCCACCUAAUUCAUCGCUUCAAUUGUCGCCAACGGUUGGACUCUCACCGAAUGUACCUUCGCCUGGAACAGUAUCAUCGGCUGCAUUGUUUCCAGGUGGCCCGUCACCAUCGACUCUUAGUGCUUUAGUUUCGCAACAUCGAUUAUUGGAAUUGUCAAGAUUUGGUCUCCGUGGCUAUGAUUUAGCUCAACAUAUGCUUACGCAACAAGGAGCUGUAUCUAAAUUAUUGGGAACACUUCGACCACCGGGAUUAAUAGGAGGAUCGAAACCGAAAGUUGCAACACCAGCUGUCGUAUCAAAAAUUGAGCAGUACAAACGAGAAAAUCCAACAAUAUUUGCAUGGGAAAUUAGAGAAAGACUUAUUUCUGAAGGAGUCUGUACAAAUGCAACGGCACCAUCUGUAUCAUCCAUAAAUCGAAUACUUAGAAAUAGAGCAGCUGAACGAGCUGCAGCGGAAUUCGCCAGAGCUGCAGGCUACGGACUGUAUCCACCAAAUCCGUAUAGUGGAUUUCCAUGGCCAUCACCAGCGCAUUUAUGGGCAUCGGGUAGUGGAUUCCCUGGUAUUUCUCCAGGUUCAACAUCUGCAUCAGGAACGGCUGGUUCACCUGGUUCUGGCAGUCAUGAUACACUUUGUUCACCAGAUGGAAGUCGUUUAAUUGAUGUGGAAGGCGAAGACUCUGGCAGUCUUGAUGGUGAACAACCCAAAUUUCGUCGAAAUCGUACAACAUUUAGUCCAGAGCAACUGGAAGAGUUAGAAAAAGAAUUUGAUAAAUCACACUAUCCGUGUGUAAGCACAAGGGAGCGUCUCGCAUCGAGAACAUCACUAAGUGAAGCUCGUGUUCAGGUUUGGUUUUCAAACAGAAGGGCAAAAUGGAGACGACACCAACGGAUGAAUUUGCUGAAACAGCGUUCGUCGCCAACCACCCGAAACACGUCAGGCAAUUUCACCCCUACAUCACCGGACCACCAUCGACAAUCUCACCAAAGCACAACGCCAGCCACACCAACAGUGUCGGUAACAAGUCCAACCCAGCAAGCAACGUCAUUAGCCACAGCAUCAGCUCCAUUAUUAAUGGGCGGCGAAAAUAGUGCAUUUCGAUCGUUGGUACCGUCAUUCUUAGCCGCUUCAGCAUCGUUGGGCUUGUCGCGACCGUAUCCCAAUUCUCCGUCACCGCAUCCAAGCGACGAAUCGGACGAGGAAAUCAAUGUGCAUGACGACGAAUCCGAUUCGGAAAUAAUGACAACACCGAAACGAUCGGUACCAUUGCAAUUAACCACUCAUGAUCGGUAAGUGGUAAUUAGUGUAGUGUAUAGUUGUGACAUGAGACAUGGUGUUUUUUUUAAAUAUAAAUAUAAAAUUGUGAUGUUCAAACCUUGUUCUUGUUUCGCAUAAACUAUUAAUUAUAAAAUGAAUUUUAAAUCGUUUUUUAAAGAAAUAUACCGCGAAAAAAUCUUGGAAUUGUAGCAAAAUUGUCGUGUUACUAAUUACGAUAUUGAGCAUGUCACUUCUUACGUAAAAUGAAGAAUGAUAAACUGCUGUAGUGUUACAUUUUAAAAAGCAAACAAGAAUUGACUUACAGAUUACAUGAGAAAUGACUGUUAUUAUUACACACACACAUAAUAUAAUAUUAAAAAAAACAUUUUUCCUUACAUUUCAGUAUGUAGAAAAGCAAGGAAAUUAAAAAAAAAGUUAAAGUUAGACGAAAAGCAGAACAUGAAAAAUGAAAAAUCCAAACCAAAGCUUAAUUGAUGCUAUUAAAAAUGUUUCUGUUGGAUUUGCAAUGUAAAAUACUUACACACCAUUACUAUUACACACAUCUGAAAAUGCGAUUUCCAUGAAAAUGAAAUAUUGAAGUGAUAAACUAAUAUCACAUAGUCAUCACAUCCAACUAUAUUCAAUAUUCAAUAAGUUAUCUAAUCGGUGUAAUGCAACAACAUACCGUGGUGUAAAUUAAUUCGAGAAAAAAAAAUGUCUAUGGCAAGUCUUAAUAUGUUAAUAUGUCUUAAUCAAUGCGAAGCGAUCGAGGUGACAGAUACAUUCAAUCUAAAGGUACUAUAACAUAUAAUUGUAGUUAUAAUUAUAAUUAAAACCU